AUGAGGUCACAGCGGCGAUCAGGUGUUCGCAGGAGGCGGAGCCACAUGGACAUAGGCCCCGCCCCUCAUCCAGACCACAGAGCCAAACUCAGGAACAAAGACACACCCCCUUAUGACACACACAGGAAGCAGCGAGCUCCACCCCCCUCAUCACGCCACCCAGCAGAGCCUAUCAGCAUCCAGGGAGAGGCGAAUGGGGCGGGUCUUAGAGACGAGGCAGCGAAUGGGAAAGGAGCACCAGAGAGUCCACCAGCUCCACAACACAGCCAUGGCAACAACACGUUAACCGCUGACAACACACCCGCUAACACCCGCCUUCACAAGGUUUCAGCCAACCACAGCGGAGCUACAAUCACAUUGGCCAACCACAGUGCAUCUGACAGCAUAUCAUCCAAUCACAUCGAACCUAGCAUAUCCUCCAAUCAGAACAGUCCUUGUGGUUCCCCAGCAAAGGACAGUGGACCUGCGACCGCCUCAGCUCCUCACAGCGCAUCAGCUGACACCACAUCCGCCAAUCAGAAUGGAGCAAGUGUGUCAUCAGCCAAUCACAUCGCCAGCAGAAGCCAUUCCAGCCGCAAGACGGCCACCUUCAAAGCCAGAGUGCCGAAGAGGAAGAACAUCUCCGAGCCCAGUGCAGCUAGCAUCGCAUUAGCACCUAGCAUCGCAUUAGCAACUAGCACCACAGUAGCACCUAGCGGCAUGUUAGCUGGCCCCUCACUCUCUCCCUUCAGCCCCAUCACGCAUGCUAAUGCUAACACUAGCCCAACGUCCAGCCCCAAUGCUAACGUCUCUGCUAACCGGCUCUGCACAGCUGCAGCUGGUCCUACCUCGUUCUCCAAACCACUAAUCUCUGAUGGCGAAAUCAGUGGGAACUGCGCUAAUGCAAACUCCUACUCGACCGCUAAUGAGGUCUGUGGCAGGGCUAGUUCCGCUCUCCCAUCCAGCCCUGACCCAAAUGCUAAUGCUAAUACCUCAGAUGCUACAUUGAUCACCAGCCCCAACCCCGCCUAUCACACAGAGAGUUAUUUAGUUUUAUCUUCUAAUGGCCACACCCCUAAGCCAUCGUCUUACCCAAUUACAGCACAGCUUAGUGCCGACAAAGCUAAUCUUACCUCUGCUGCCAACCCUACCUCUAGCAAUGCCCCCAGCGCUAGCACUACUUGCACCGCUGGCACUGACCCCAGCGCUAGCACUCCUCACACCGCUGGCACUGACCCCAGCGCUAGCACUACUCGCACCGCUGGCACUGACCCCAGCGCUAGCACUCCUCGCACCGCUGGCACUGACCAAACUAUUAGCACCUCUAGCAUUGACCCCAGCGCUAGCACUCCUCGCACCUCUAGCAUUGACCCCAGCGCUAGCACUCCUCACACCUCUAGCAUUGACCCCAGCGCUAGCACUCCUCGCACCGCUGGCACUGACCCCAGCGCUAGCACUCCUCACACCGCUGGCACUGACCAAACUAUUAGCACCGGUAGCAUUGACCCCAGCGCUAGCACUCCUCGCACCUCUAGCAUUGACCCCAGCGCUAGCACUACUCACACCUCUAGCAUUGACACCAGCGCUAGCACUACUCACACCGCUGGCAUUGACCCCAGCGCUAGCACUCCUCACACCGCUGGCACUGACCCCAGCGCUAGCACUCCUCACACCGCUGGCACUGCCCCCAGCGCUAGCACUCCUCACACCGCUGGCACUGCCCCCAGCGCUAGCACUACUUGCACCGCUGGCACUGACCAAACUAUUAGCACCUCUAGCAUUGACCCCAGCGCUAGCACUCCUCGCACCUCUAGCAUUGACCCCAGCGCUAGCACUACUCACACCUCUAGCAUUGACCCCAGCGCUAGCACUCCUCGCACCGCUGGCACUGACCCCAGCGCUAGCACUCCUCACACCGCUGGCACUGACCAAACUAUUAGCACCGGUAGCAUUGACCCCAGCGCUAGCACUCCUCGCACCUCUAGCAUUGACCCCAGCGCUAGCACUCCUCGCACCUCUAGCAAUGCCCCCAGCGCUAGCACUACUUGCACCGCUGGCACUGACCAAACUAUUAGCACUGGCUCCAGAGGGAGCUGUGGCAGGCAGAGAAGAGGCCAAUCAGGAGAGAGAAACGGCCACAUCAGCCAAUCAGGAGAGAGCAGCGGCCACAUCAGCCAAUCAGGAGAGAGCAGCGGCCACAUCACCCAAUCAGGAGAGAGCAGCGGCCACAUCAGCCAAUCAGGAGAGAGCAGCGGCCACAUCACCCAAUCAGGAGAGAGAAACGGCCACAUCACCCAAUCAGGAGAGAGCAGCGGCCACAUCAGCCAAUCAGGAGAGAGCAGCGGCCACAUCAGCCAAUCAGGAGAGAGCAGCGGCCACAUCAGCCAAUCAGGAGAGAGCAGCGGCCACAUCACCCAAUCACCAGAGAGCUGCAGCCAUAUCAGCCAAUCAGGAGAGAGAAACGGCCACUUCACCCAAUCAGGAGAGAGCAGCGGCCAAAUCGCCCAAUCAGGAGAGAGCAGCGAACAAAUCCUCCGUAUCCAGGGGUACCCCAGUCUCCCCCUCCCGCACCUCCUGCAGGGGUACCCCAAUAUUCCCCUCUGCAUCUCGGGAGGUACCCCAGUCUCCCCCUCCAGAGGUACCCCAAUAUCCCCCUCCCGCACCCCCUCCAGAGGUACCCCAGUCUCCCCCUCCCGCACCUCCUGCAGGGGUACCCCAAUAUUCCCCUCUGCAUCUCGGGGUACCCCUGUCUCCCGCACCCUCACGCCCUCCAGAGUGUUCCGGAAGGGGGAGGUGGUGUGCACGGGGGCGGGCGUCCGCAAGAAGUUUAACGGCAAACAGUGGAGACGCCUCUGCAGCCAAUCGGGAUGCAGCAAGGAGGCCCAGAGGCGGGGCUACUGCUCUCGCCACCUAUCACAGCGCGCGCGACAGGAGGGCGACCAAUCACAGCACAGCAGGAAGGAGGAGGAGGACCAAUCACAGCGCGCUGUUCAUGAGGGGGGCGUGUCCUCAGAUGAAAGGGGUGUGUCUUCAGAGGAAAUGGGUGUGGCCAGCGCUGGCGAGCAUGAUCGUGAGGACACAACCCCGUCGUUCGAGGUACAGGAGGGCGGCGAGGAGGGUCGGGGCGGCUCGCGGUCGCUACUGUCGCCUGAUUGGUCAAUGCGGCCGCUCCUGUCUCCUGAUUGGUCAAUGCGGUUCGACUCUGAGGAGUGCGAGGCGGCCAACAUGCUGAUGUCACUCAGCAGCUCCCGCUCAGCCACGCCCUCUUUCUCCCCUCUAUCCAAUAGGACGCCGUCUUACUCCCCAGUGUCCAAUAGGACGCCCUCCUUCUCUCCACACGAUGGCCGCUCCCCGUUCUCCCCCGCCCCCUCGCCAGGCUCCGCCCCAUCGCCUCUCUUCGGCUUUAGGACCGCCCACUUCAGCCCCAUCACCCCGGCCCCCCCUGGUCGCUCCCGGCAACCCAGUGGGCGGUCCCCCAAACCCCCCGAGCAUCCCCUCAUCCCAACCCCCUCGCACGGCUCCACCCCCUCUCCUGCUCUGCCGCUAUCCCAGCAGCCUUUGCAGGUCUCUCCGAUCGUCAUCCCCAUGAUGCCUGAUGACACCCCAUUGGUGAGUUGUUUCAUAAGCCCCGCCCUUGACUCUUCUCGAUUGGUCAGCAACAGUCAGCAGCUGUCUCCUCCGCAGCAGCAUCCUAUCACGUCUCCCGAAGCCGCCGAGGAGGCGGUUCUUAUCCACAGCCCCGCCCCCACCGUGGUGCUGGUGUCGCCUCCCUCUCUGGCUGUUGGCCACGCCCUCUCCGACUCCCCUGGCCAAUCAGGCGCAGCGCUGGCCUGCAUCUCAGACUCCGCUAGCCAAUCGCUGGCCUGCGUCUCCGUGGCUCCAUCCAAUCAGCUGCAGCAGCCGUUGCCAUGCCACCCGUCUCCCACUGCGCUGUUGCCCCUCCUCCUGCCCUCGUCGCCCCGCCCCCCCGUCGUCAUGGGGACCCGCCCCGGCACAGUCUGGACCAAUGUGGAGCCUCGCUCGGUGCCGGUGUUCCCCUGGCACUCCCUGGUGCCCUUCCUGGCUCCCAACCAAUCAGAGCCCUCCGCUCAGCAGGGGGAGGGGCAACAACUUGUCAAUCAGCCGCAGCCGGCCAAUCUGAAGAAAGAGCCCCAGGCGGGGAUGAUCCAGUUGAAGGAGGUUAGUGAGGGCCCCCCCACCCCCGAGAGGGCCCCCCCUCGCCCCAUGCCUGGGACCCCCCCCACCACCACCGCAGACCCGCUGGCCCCCGACCGCGACAAGGAGGCGAGGGAGGCGGAGAGGGAGCGGGAGAGGGAACGGGAACGGGAACGACCCGACAGCGAAACGGAGAGCGACGUUGACGACGCGUUUUUCCCGGGGAUCGCUCCAGACCCCCCCAUGACUCCGUCUCCAGGAAAACGAAGGACUCAGUCUCUCAGCGCUCUGCCCAAAGACGACAAGAACAGCCCUGGCAAGCGUGGUGAGAAGGACCACAUCCGGCGGCCGAUGAACGCCUUCAUGAUCUUCAGCAAGCGUCACCGCGCCCUCGUGCACCAGCGGCACCCCAACCAGGACAACCGCACGGUCAGCAAGAUCCUGGGGGAGUGGUGGUACGCGCUGGGACCUAAAGAGAAACAGAAGUAUCACGACCUCGCCUUCCAGGUGAAGGAGGCCCACUUCAAGGCCCAUCCUGAUUGGAAGUGGUGCAACAAGGAGAGGAAGAAGUCGCAGAGCUCAGAUGGGCGGGGCCUAGGAGAUGGGCGGGGCCUAGCCGGCCCCAAAGACAUCCGCGAGAGGAGCAUGUCAGAAACCACCGAGCCACCGUCCGUCUCGCUGGGUAUGGACAUGAAGGGGGCGGGGUCUGUGCUGAUGGGCGUGUCUGAUCGAGGAGGAGGAGGGGAGGGGCCUACAGCUCAGCUGACACGCCCCCGAGCCUUCUCCCAGAGUGCAAUGCACACUCUAGAACGCAGCGAACGGAACACACAGGCCCUGGCAGAGCUGGCACAGAUGUGUGCGGAGGGUGGUGGGGGUGUGUCGGGGGGGCGUCUCCCUCCCCUCUCGCGUGCGGCGCGCGGCCUCAGCGAAGACAUGACCAGUGAUGAGGAGAGGAUGGUGAUCUGCGAAGAGGAAGGAGACGAUGACGUCAUAGACGACUCCUACCCCCCUCCCUCCUCCUCUAUUGAUCUGAAGUGUAAGGAGAGAGUGACGGACAGCGACAGCGACAACGCCUCAGGAGACGAAGCUGAACGCAAGAGGGUGUUUGGUGGUGUCAUCUGCUCCUCCUCCUCCUCCACCCCGUAUGGGCGGAGCUUGUCUCUCUCCUCCUACCCGUCGCGUCGCUACGGCGAUACAGACAACAGCAGCAGCGGGGAGCGAAGGAGGAAGAGAGGAGGAGAGGGAGGAGAGGAGAGAGGGGGAGAGAGAGGAGGUGGAGGAGGAGGAGGAGGAGAGAGAGGAGGAGGGGCUGUGACGUUCCCGGGGGUGUCGUCCUCAUCUCGAGUGGGCGGGGCCUCCACGGUGGUGACCAGUGUGGUGCGACCGGUCGUCAGCAGCCCUGUACCAAUCGCAAGCAAGCCCAGAGACCACGGACCAAUCGCAAGCAAGAACAGAGACCACGGACCAAUCGCAAGCAAGAACAGAGACCACGGACCAAUCGCAAGCAAGAACAGAGACCACGGACCAAUAGCAAGCAAGAACAGAGACCAUGACCACAUCCAGCCACCUCAGCUCUUCAUUGGCCAGGCGGGAGGAAUGGGAGGGGCCGGCUACGCCUCCUCCACCAAUCCCAGUGCAGCGGGCAGUUCUGGGCUGCCAGGGGGCGUGGUCACUGGCCUGGUGGUGGGCGGGGCCUUCCAGACGCAGCAGGCUGCUCUGAUUGGCCCGUCGCAGCAGGCGCUGCAGCUAAUUGGUGCAUCCCCUAGCUCUGGCCCCGCCUCCCAGCCGAACGGCCCCGCCCCCCUGUCACUGCUGGCGCCGCCUGGUGGUGUGAAGACGCUACCGCAAGUCCAGUACAUCCUGCCCAGCCCUGCCCCUAAGAGCCCCUCCCCCCAGCAGACAAACCAGCCAACCGGUGUCUUCACUCUGCCCAAUGUCCCGCCCACAACCCCAAACCAGCCAACCGGUGUCUUCACUCUGCCCUCGGCCCCACCCACACAUAUCCCUCUGCCCAAUGGGAAGCAAGUGGGCGUGGCUCCAGUGGGAUACGCCUCCAACCCGACUAUGGUCAACCCGGGGACAACAGUCCAAAGUGCUCCGCAGGUCUUGCAGGGCAAGAUGAUCGUUCCCAUGGCAGCAGUCAGGGCUGCCCAGGCUCCGCCCCCUCAGCCCUCAUUUCCUCUCGUAACUCCGCCCCUUCCUGUCCAGAACGGGGCUCAAUCAGGAAGCAAGAUUAUUCAGAUCGCCCCGAUGCCGGUCGUCCAAUCACAGCUGCCGUCUGGAGGAGCGGUGCAUGCUGGGAGCCAUUUCCCCGUUACCAUGGCAGCAGCUGCAGUAGUUGCACCACCAGGGGGCUCCACUCACACACACACACAGACCGUACUGCUGCCCCCCCCAGCCACCAGGAUCGCCUAUGUUCAGUCCUCGCCGGGUGUGUGUGUGGCGUCUCCAGUGCCGCUGGUUUCUACAACGACAAGCUCCGCCCAGCCUGCCCAGGCCACGCCCUCGGCUGCGUCUGCGUAUGUGCCGUCACCAAUAGCAACGCUGGGAUUCUCCACGGUCACGCCCCCCACACACACACUCCUCACGCCGCUCAUACAAGGUCAGCCCUCCAUGUUAGCCCCGCCCUCCUCUGGUGUGGCUCCUCCCCAGUCUGCUUCAGGCCCCGCCCCUCCCGGGGUCACAGGUCAGGUCGUCACGGCGACGGCCCUCUACCCGCCCAACAGCGUUGCCGUGCCGACAGGAGUGGUCUCCGUGGCGCCCAGCGUGGCCCCCAGUGUUGUCUACAGCGUCUCCGGCCCCCCCACCCCCACCCAGCCCAAACACACACACACACACACACACACAAACACACCUCCGCAGCCCGACAGACACACUCACUCACAGUCACACACACUCUCACACUCACACACCGCCCUGGAGCGCCCCCCAGACAGACAGCCUGAGCAGCUGGAUGGACAGACAGAUGGACAGACAGAUGGACAGACCGGUAGACAGGCAGGCAGAGAGCAGACCCACGCUGCCUCCACAGCACCCCCCUCUGGUGCCACCGUGCCAACGCGCCCCACCAGCCCCCCACACACACACACAGGCAGUGCACCGGGCACCCCCAAGCUGCCGCCCCUCCCGGCGAGGACCCCUCAGAAGGUGAAAGCCACGGUGGCAUCGAUACCUGUAGGCAGCUACGAGGCCGGCGGACGAGGAAAAGAGAGAGAGAGGGAGAAGGAGAGAGAGAGGGAGCGAGAGAGAGAGAGGGAGCGAGAGAGAGAGAGGGAGCGAGAGAGCGCGUCGCGUUUCUCGUUUGAGGUGGAGCCCCCGGUGGAGUCGGGCACAUCCCUGGGCAGCCCUGCAGCGGAGGAGGGGUCCUUAGAGGGGGCCUCACACACACACGCCGCAGGAGACGACACACACACCUCAGAGCAGAGGGACACGCAGGCCAAAGAGACUGUCUGGAAGGACUCUGUUCCCUCGUCUCCGCUGCCCCCCCCCUCCCCCGGACCGGACCCCCCCGCCCUGCCCCCACCUUCCCAGGGUGACAAGGACAACCCCCCCGGGAGCCAUGGAAACAACCCCCCCACCAAGAAGGUCAAGGCUCGCCCACCCCCCCUCAAACGCACCUUCGACUCUGUGGACAAGGUGCUGUCGGAGGUGUAUUUCGAGGAGCGCUUUGCGGAGCUGCCCGAGUUCCGUCCGGACGAGGUGCUCCCCUCCCCCACUCUCCAAUCCCUCGCCACCUCCCCGCGGGCCAUACUGGGAAGCUACCGACGCAAACGCAAGAACUCCACAGAUCUGGACUCGUCCACAGAGGAUCCGUGUGUGUCUCCAAAGAGGAAAAGUCGUCGGCGGUCCAGUUGCAGCUCUGAGCCGAACACGCCCAAGAGCGCCGCCAAGUGCGAAGGAGACGUCUUCACUUUCGAACGCCCACACACAGGUGAGGACCUGCUGGCAGAGUUGGAGUUUGAGAAGGUUCCGUACUCUUCUCUACGCCGCACGCUGGACCAGCGCAGAGCUCUAGUGAUGCAGCUCUUUCAGGAGCACGGCUUCUUCCCCUCAGCCCAGGCCACGGCUGCGUUCCAGGGUCGCUAUAGCGAUAUCUUCCCCACUAAAGUCUGUCUGCAGCUGAAGAUCCGCGAGGUGCGACAGAAGAUCAUGCAGACCGCCACACCGAGCGACGCCAUUGGCCAAGCCACAACCUCCUCUGAUUCUAUUGGUCAGUCUGCAGCCUGCUCCGAUUCUAUUGGUCCAGGAGCCUCUGAUCCCGCCUCUCAGCCCGGCCCCUCAGGAGUGACAACCAAUGACGCCCUCGCCUGUGCUGGAGCCGGCGCUGACCUAUCAGAGCAGGAGUUGGAGAGGGAGGCGGACCUUAGUGGCUCGGAGGAGGCCAAGGCUGCAGCUGAUUCGCUGGACGCCACCAGAUGAGAUUUGACUGACAAGGAUGCACGUUUAAUGAGCAGGGGGCCUCACGUUUGGCUCCUCCCCCCACCAUCUCUCUGAUUAUCCAAUCAGGAGAGAGGGGGCGGGACUAGAGCAGAGCAGGGGCGACUGGCCUCGCCAGCUCUGGAACUUUUAUUUCCCCCUGAGACACCAGGGACACACACACACACACACACACACACACACACACACACACACACACACACACACACACACACACACACACACACACCAGGGACACUUUAAACACACUUUACACACACCUGUAUACACACACACUUUACACACACCUGUACACACACACACACACACUUGUCUCCGCCCGUGUAUUGAUGGUGUAGACGAGUUGAAGACUCUCUUGAACAUUGUUACCAUGGCUACCACCGGGCUUCCAGCCGCGCCAGCACACACCACACCACACCUGGCGAAUCUCCAGCUGACCAAUAAGAUUUAGCCUUACGGACAGAGCCCGCCCUCAGCCUCCCUCGGCUGCAGCUAUUGGCUACUGCAUUUAUUUAACCAGCCAACCAAUUCUUGCUGCUUGAAAUCACAGAAGGUCCACGAUUGGUGAGGUGUUGGCCAGGGAGGCGGGACUUUUGGCUACUUCCUGGUCAUGGCAUUGGCCCAAACACUUGGCCAAUCACAAAGGGGCAGGGCCCCUUAGAGGCGGAGCCUUUGGAAGAUUUAACGGUGUUUACUUUUAUUGUCAUUACUUUUUUAUUCUUUAUGUUUGUUUGUUGUUUAUCUCUCUCUGUUGUCAUGGAGAUGAGAUCUGUGCACUGAAGAGAUGGAGUGGUCCCCAUGGCAACUCAUCACCAUGGAUACUGCAGAGCAACUGAUCACCAUGGAUACUGCAGAGCAACUGAUCACCAUGGAUACUGCAGAGCAACUGAUCACCAUGGAUACUGCAGAGCAACUUCUCCAUUCCAGCGAAGACGGAGCACUGCCCUCGCGCCAUUGGCUGGAAGGAGACUGUCUUAGCCUCCUGAUUGGUCAGGCGAGGCAGGGGGCGGGGCUUAAGAGGGGGAUGGAGGUCCAUUAAUGCAUUCUGAUUGGACAGCUUGGUGUUGUUGUUUCUAAGCAGCCUAUCAGAUGUCAGACGCUUUUUUUAUUGGACGCUGAACUGAGGAAGUGGAAUGAUGAUUCAGAUGUUGAUUUAAACACUGCAGGCUCUCCUCUCCUCUCCUCUCUCUCCUUACAAAGUAACCAUCCUCCAUCUCUCUCUCUCUUUCUCUCUCUCUCUCUCUCCCCGAAAGAGAAUUGCUCUAUUUCUUUGUCUUGGUCUCCUUUUCUGAAGACCCUCCUCUCUCUCUUUCCUCUCUCUCUUUAGUGUAUCUUUUCUCCCCCUCUCUCUCUCUCUUUCCUCUCUUCUCUCUCCCUCUCUCUUUCCGCUCUCCCUCUCUCUCUUGCUCUUUCUCUCUCUCCAGUGUAUCUAUUCUCUCUCUCUCUCUCCUCUUAAUAUAACUGCUUCCUCUUCUCUUCUCUUCUGAAGGUAACUGCUCUCUCUCUCUCCUUUGGGGUCUUCUUACUCCCUCACUUCCUCUCUUCAUCUCCUGUCCGCUCAUCUCCUCCUCCCUCUCAUCUCCUCCUCCCUCUCAUCUCCUCCUCCCUCUCAUCUCCUCAUCUCGUCUCUCCUCUCCUUUCUUCCCCCUUUCCUCUCCU